UGUUAUAUAAUGGAAGAGCUUGAUUUGCGUGAACGUUUGCAUCCCGGUACUAAUAAAAGGGAACUCGAAGGAAGAGGAAUCUUUAGAGAGCCAUGUAUAGGAGUUGCCAAGGUGGUGUAUUACUCUAUAGACAACAUAUUAAACCCUAACUUCGGAAAAUUAAAUGGCCGUCCCCCAAAUGUGAUAAACAAUAAUAUUCCCGCUAUCAAAGAUAAUGCUGGCGAGGAUAAUGGUUCUUCGCGUUUAACUCCUUAUUCCGGCGAUGAAAAAACAAAAGUUUUACGUGCUUUAAAAAAUAACUCAGUCUCUAAAAAUAAGGAUAUCUUUAAAGCCCCCUACAAUAUGCCCCCAUCUCCUUUAAAAGAUUCGAUCACAUUUUUAGAAAGUUUCUUUGUAAAGGAACACAUUUUUACUUCCAACUUAAAUAAUAAUAUUGACAACGAUGUAGUAGGUAUUGAUAAGAAUUACGCUGAAUACAACGAUGACAAAAUUAUCAAAAAUGGCAAAAGUGAAAAGCAAUCUUAUCACACUAAACAGAAGAGUAUUUGCGAUUUUCCUACCCCGCGGUCUUCUUCUUCCCAAGUUGAAAAGGAUAAAGAGGCGACUAAUAUCGAUAUUUUUUCCUCCAAGGUAGGUUCAUUUCAUCAGCAAUCCAAAAAUCGCAGAAUCUACAACAGAUACAAGAAGAAAAAUUUAGCCAUGGACCCCGUUGGAAAUGGUACUAGUACUCCUUCUAAAAGUAUUAUCCUACCACCUUAUCCAAUUCCGGCAUGGAUAUAUUGUACUAGAUAUUCUGAUCGCCCGUCUUCAGGUUCACGGAUUAAAAGGAAAAAGACGACAUUUGCCAUUCCGCCUGUGAAUAGCAAGAGCCCUAAAAAUUUCACAAAUUUUAAAGAGGAUUCAACGGAUGUCUUAAGUGAUUGUAACAAUUCGUUUAACUCGCACAGUAUACCAAAUCGCAAAUUAGAAAACUCUAAUAAUGAGGUAGAUAUCAACGGAGAAGUUAAAAAUGACAUAGUGAAUAACGAGGAUAGCAAUAUCGAGUCCGACAUAAAUGGUUUAAAACGACCAAGAACGGCGUUUUCUCAUGCUCAGCUGCAUCGUCUGAGGAAAGAAUUCCAACAAAAUCCCUAUUUAACCGAAUCCCGGAGGAAAGAUUUGGCAAACGAUUUAAACUUGAAUGAAUCCCAGAUAAAAAUUUGGUUCCAAAACAAAAGAGCAAAGUUGAAAAAGAAGGCCCAGAAAUCUAACGAUAAGCCCUUCAGGCCAGUUAGCCCUUCAUACAACAUUUCUGUUAAUAAAUUUUCUAAAACAUCAGGAAUACCUAGUUUUAAACAUAAAAAUUUAAACAAACAUAGAAAGAGUAACGAAACGUCUUGCGGCUCCAUUGGCAUUAUCACGAUUCAAAAUACGAUCUCACAAUCAAUUAAGAGCACGACGAAUAAUAUUUUAUUUCCCUUAAAUUGUGAUAGCUAUAUCAAUAAUUCAACAUGUGAUAAAUCUUUUAAAGUUAACAAUGAGGUCCAAACAAACUCUCCUAUGAGUUAUAAACCAAUGCCUAUCUUCUUUCCUACUACUUUUUCCGAUUACCCUCGUGUCAAAACAAAUUUGGAUCCAAACAUUAUAAAUAAACAAGAUUAUGGUAGCUCGUUAGCCAAAUUAAACAAUGUAAAACCUGCUUUCCAUGCUACCGGUGAAAUAGUAAACUGCUCGAUCUCCGAAAAAACGAUAUGUAAUGAUAAAAUCACGUUAAAAUCAGGACCGCCUUGUCCAAAUUUUGAUAAUAACUCGUUUCUCUAUAAUUAUUACUAUUAUAUGUUACCUAUAUUAGACAUAUCCAAUUAUCAACAACAAAUUUUUAAUAAACCUUUUAGCUUGGACAAAAAUUUUAUCCAGCACUUUAACAAAUAUUGCCUGAAUUCGAAAACUUAAAGAAAAUAUAUUAUAUUAUUAUUUGGCAAUGUUAAAAC